CAUAAUCACGGUCGGUAUUCAGAGCGUCGUUGGUCUCCAAGCUAGCUGCGGCUCCAUCCAUUCACUUCUUUCCGAACAAAAUCCCCCCGGUGUCAAUCAAAGUUGCCGUUAGCUUAGCCUGUUAGCUGCUUGUCACUCGAUAUAAUCCUAUCAGUGAAUUUACGACACAAUGGCUCCGAAGAAAAGUCCCAAAACGCAUUCCAAAAAAGAGAAACACGGAACGCUGCGAGGUUUGUCGGCUCUAAGAAUAGUGGGGGGGUUCAGGUUCUGGACCAAUUGGUCGGUGCGAGGACGGCGAGGAGGAGGUGCUUGUGUCUUCCCUGAUGAUUGAUUCGCCACCAUCCUGCCCGUUGGUCACUCGUCGUCUUGUUGUCACCUCUUUGGAAGUUUCCUUCCCAUAGUUCGCAUCAUCCGCCGGGCUCUUUUGUGAACGUGCUGUUGAGAAUUCAAUGCGUUAGUUUGACGGGCUUCUCGGAAGGUUUGCUCCAUGCAGCGCUACCGCCACUAUGGCGCCUCCACUCCCUCCGCAACCUCCUUGGCCGCGCCGGCGGAGGAGCCCCACAGCACCCAGGAGGCGCUGAACGCUCAUGAGCAAGUGUGUGAGGAGCAGGUGGAGCCGAUUGUAAGUGAGGAGGCUCAGGAUGGCCUCGAGAAGACAGGAGGAGACAUUUUGGAGGAGGCUGCAGCCACGCAGCAGGCUCCUCUGUUCUCUGAGGCAAAGCCGCCGGAAAGCAAGAGCAGCAAGAAGGCGGCAGGAGGAGACGUGGGGGCAGGAGCCAAGUAUUCCGUCUUCACCUGGUUUGCGGUGCUGGCGCUGUUGGGGGUUUGGAGCUCUGUGGCCGUCGUCUACUUUGACAUCGUCGACUACGACAGUGUCGUCGCCCGCGCUCAGGAAUUUCGUAUGAACUUUACACAAGUUUUACAAGGGAAGCUGACAGCCUACGACACAGACGGAGACGGCGACUUCGAUGUGGAGGAUGCCAAAGUCCUGCUCGGCCUGAAAGCGCCACGCCAGGGGCAGCCAACUGAAGAGGGAUCAGAAACUGCUGGAGAGCAGUUGAGCAAUCGACAAGCCACAGAGGCACCUGAAGAGCCGUCAGUGGAGGUGCCUACAGAGGAGACCGCAACAGAGGACUCGACUGCUGAAGACCAGUCCACCGACCAACAAGCUGCCGAGCCGCAUGGGGAGGAGUCAGUCGAGGUGCCUAUGGAGGAGACCACAACAGAGGACUUCACUGCUGAAGACCAGUCCACCGACCGACAAGCUGCCGAGUCGCACGGGGAGGAGUCAGUCGAGGUGCCUAUGGAGGAGACCGCAACAGACGACUCACCCACAAUCUCUGAAGCUGAAGAUGUGGACUCUGAAAUCCAAGCUCCUGUUCCCCUGCCUGCGUUUGUAGAAGAAGACUUUGUAGCAGAUGAUCCUCGAGAAGACCUGGAGCAUCCUUAUGAGGAGGACUUGGACGCCAUCGACACGAGCGGGGUCCUGGUGGAGGAGCCGUCGUCUCAGGAGACUGUCGUGGAAUCUGCAAACGAUUUGACGAGCUCCAAGUUGACACAAGAAGAGCCACCGGUGGAAGUGGAGCAGUGGUCCGAGCCUGUUGUAGCACAAGAUGAGAAUGUUGAAGAGAGCAGCAGCGACCCCGAGGCGGAACCUGUAGAAGAUCUGCCAAACUCUAAGUCAACACAUGAAGAAGAGCCGCCGUUUGAGGCGGAGAAGCAGUCUGAUCCAGAUGAAGCGCGCGGUGAAACUACCAGAGAGAGCGACACCCCCGAGGAAACAGCAGACCACACAGCGGCGGAGAAGCCCAAAGAAAAAGCCAAGAAGAAAAAACCCAAACUGCUCAACAAGUUGGACAAGACCAUCAAAGCAGAACUGGACGCCGCCGAGAAGCUUCGCAAGAAAGGAAAAGCGGAGGCGGCGCUGCAAGCCUUUGAGACUUUGAUCCAACAGCACCCACAGAGCCCCCGCGCUCACUACGGGAAAGCACAGGCGGAGGACGACCUGGCCGAGAAGCAACGCAGCAACGACAUGUUGCAGAAGGCCAUCGGCAGCUACAGAGACGCCGCAGAGCUUCCGGACGCCACCCCCGACUUGGUCAGAGCGGCCCUCAAGCGACGAGCAGAGCGCCAACAGUUCCUGGGGCGCAUGCGGGGUGCGGUGGCCACGCUGGAGAGGUUGGGGCAGAUCUUUCCAGAAGACAUAAGUCUGAAGAACGACUUGGGUGUGGCCUACCUGUUGCUCGGCGACAACCAAAGCGCCAAGACUGUCUAUGAGGAGGUUCUGGCGCUUGCGCCAAGCGACGGCUUUGCCAAGGUUCACUACGGCUUCAUCCUGAAGUCGGAGAAUAAGAUCGCGGAGAGCAUUCCGUACUUGAAGGAGGGGCUGGAAUCCGAGGAGCCUGGCACAGAUGACGGACGUUUUUACUUCCACUUGGGAGACGCCCUGCAGAGAGUUGGAGACAAGAGCGCAUACCACUGGUACCAGCUUGGCCACGAGCGAGGGCACUUUGCGUCCGUGUGGCAGAGGUCACUCUACAACGUCAACGGACUCAAGGCGCAGCCCUGGUGGACCCCAAAUGAGACUGGAUACACCGAACUGAUUAAGGCACUGGAGAAGAACUGGAAAAUGAUCCGGGACGAGGCUAUGGUCAUGAUGGACCAAAAGACGGGCCAGUUUGUACCCGAGGAGGAGAACCUGAGGGAGAAAGGAGAGUGGGGCCAGUACACACUCUGGCAGCAAGGGAAGAGGUCCGGGACUUCCUGUCAGGCUGUACCGAAGACCUGCUCACUACUGGAGAGAUUUCCUGAAGCCACCGGCUGCAAGAGAGGACAGAUUAAGUUCUCAGUGAUGCAACCGGGCACGCACGUGUGGCCACACACGGGUCCCACCAACUGUCGACUGAGGAUGCACCUUGGCCUCGUCAUUCCCAAACAGGGAUGCAGGAUCCGAUGCACAGACCAGACCAGAGAGUGGGAGGAGGGUAAAGUCUUGAUCUUCGACGACUCGUUCGAGCACGAGGUCUGGCAGGACGCGGACACCUUCCGCCUCAUCUUCAUCGUGGACGUGUGGCACCCGCAGCUGACGGCGUACCAGAGACAGACGCUAAGCGCCAUCUAGACCAGCGAGCUCAGGAAGGACUGCGCACCACUCAUGGUUCUUCUGGGUGGUACACACACACACACACAGGCACACAACACACACACUAUGACUGACUGUUCAUGUUCAAUGUUUGUAGAGUUUUAUUUGUGGGAAACCACGACUUGGCUGUGACUUGUUCAUCCUGUGUUUUCCGACUAGCUCGCUUUUUCCCUUCACUUUUGUACAAUCACUACAACCAGCAGAUGUUCUAAGAGAGUCUAUUUUUAUUAAAAAUGACACAAGA